AUGUCCAUCGAAAACCUUAAGACCUUCGGUAAGUCGGUUUGCCACCUCCCUUUCCUUGUUGUCUCUGGCCCCGUCCAAGACGUCGUGCUGCAGACUCCUGCCUACAAGAACACCGGAGAUCGGCGACUCACUCGCGACCGGGCUUACGGAAUGCGCAUGACAUUUUGGCGGGACCCCUUCGCCGAAGCUGACGAAGACACCGGCGAGACUAAACAGUCUCAGAAUUAUAUCCAUAUCCGGAUUCAGCAGCGCAAUGGCCGUAAGACCUUGACUACCGUCCAGGGUCUUCCUAAGAAAUUCGACCAGAAGAAGAUUCUGAAGGUGAUCAAGAAGAAAUUCGCCUGCAAUGGAACCAUCGUCAACGACACCGAGAUGGGUGAUGUGAUUCAGCUGCAAGGAGACCAGCGUAAAGAUGUUCAGGAGUUUUUGACCGACAAGAAGGAAGGUCUCGAGCUGGACGCCAAGACCAUCAAGGUCCACGGUUUCUAA